AUGCGUUAUAAAGAAGCCGAUACAGUCCAGGAGCUUCAGCCAGAAAUAAGUGCCGAGGACCAGGGGGCAGGAGCAACGGAUCAACCUGAGCAGAAAGCAGAAGACGGAGAAGGAAAAAGCCGCCUCCUUUUCCAGCGCCCCACUGAAAGCGAGCUAAAGACUUGGCGCAGCGUGGAGCAGAGUUCGGCCGCUGGGCCCGAGCAGGAGUGCCAGUAUUCCUUGAAGUUCAUGGCGUUUUCUCCCCCAUCCUUGGAAUGUAGAGAACCCCCAAAAUGUUUGGAAGCCGGAGCUGAUGAAGCGGAUGUGCUACAGACCCAUUUCAGCUUUAGCGGGGAAAUCUUCCCCAGCUUCGCUGACCCCGUGAAUGUAAACACGGAGCUUGGGCUUGAAGAGGAGAGCCUGAAUGGGGGGGCCCAAGGCAGACUGGAAGAAAAAGUAAGGAAACCUCUGGCAGACAUAAAUUCCUCCACACCGAUGCAGGAACCAUCGGGCAGAGUGAAGAUGCUACAUCGGACGGAGGCCACCGAAGAAGCUGACUCCCUGGGAAAGGCCUAUCAGGGGCCAGGUUCAGGAUCAGGUAACUCAACGCUGGAAUCUAAGGAUGGCUUUCGGCUAGAAAAGCCGAAGGAGAUAAACCCCAAUGGGAAGUUAUUGGAAAGAGCCCUGGGGAAAUUCACCCAAGAGCCGAACGCUCCGGAGGGUCUCAAAAGUAAGCAGGAUAUGGACAGCUUACCGGAUACAAAGUCUGACUUAGCCUCGUUGUGUGACGAGGUGUCUACCAACGGACCCGCGAAAACCCUCCAAGGAAGAGAGGCCAGUUUUGAUCUCUCUGGAAACCUUCAGCUGAGAACCGAUCGUUCCGAGAAUCACGACCCGCCGAUGGCAACCGAGCGGAUCUAUACAUGCUCCUAUUGUGGGAAGUGCUUCGAGGAGAGUUUAGACUUGUUGGCCCACGAGAGAGCCCACAUAAGAGAGAAGAUUUACCGGUGCUCCCAGUGCGAGAAACGAUUCUCUCACCAGAUCGACCUUCUGACUCACAAGAGGAACCACCAGGAGGAGAAGCCGCACCGGUGCGAACGGGACUGCGCCAAAUGCCACAGGCAGAGGACUUUCCCAAAGGUGACUCGGAGAGCGCGACCCGGGGAGCAGGCCUGUCAGUGCCCAGUUUGCGGAGAACGUUUCAGCUGGAAAUCCAAUCUCAUCAGACACCGGAGGAUCCACACAGGAGAGAAACCCUAUCGGUGCGCGGAGUGUGGGAAAAGCUACACCCGUAAGACGGCCCUCGACAGACAUAAAAGGACCCACGGGGAGAAGGCUUGUGAGGUCGGCGCUCCGAGCAUGGCGCAAGCCUCAGUGCUGGUCCUCCUUGUUUGAAUCACGUGAGGUUGGCGAGAAAUGUAUUGUGUUAACGUAUUAAGCGCGGAAGGAAGUUCACUUAGCUAAAUAAAUUGGGAUCAGAAAAUUCAUCGUUAAGUGGUGCGAUUGUUAAAUGAGGCUUCAAGUGACCCUGUCCAAUUUUAUGACCUUUUUUUUUUUUUUUUUGCCAUGGUCAUUCAGUGAAACACACAAGCUGUCAGGAUUCCAGCAAUCGCUCUAAUGAAAUCAGGAUUCUCGAGCC